AUGAGGCUAUUCAGUGCGCUUUUUGUGCUGCUGGCUGUUGGCGUAUAUAGUGCCGACCUUGGAGGACGUACUGCACAAGCGCUCUCAGCCGCCGCCCUCGAUCAUAACGAACAUGAUCAAUUUCUAACUCCUCAAAACAACUUUAAUGGCUGGGUGAAUCCUGAAGAUCUCAGGCCCAUGCCACAAUGCAUAGCGCAGCAAGAUCAGUCGACCUGGCUCGAUACUAUGACGAAAUGUACUGCCAAACGAUGCACUUCCCAUUUUGGCCUCUUUUGCACCCAUAACCAAUGGUUGACUCAGCUCGGCUGUCUCAGCGUUGCAUUUUCCUCAGAUGUCAUCGAGAGGUAUCUCCCAUACUGUGGUAGAUCAACACUCGCCAAGGCGCAAUUGUUUUCAUGGAUUCAUGAUAUUACGGGCAGGGAGUGGCUUGUCGAGGUCGGCGACACGAAUGAGCUCCAGGCUCUUUCCCCAGCCUCACUAGCCGAGGGGUACACGACUGUGGACGUUAUCAACACGGCGCCGAAAUGCCUCACCAGCUCGGCAUGUGCUCUCUCAAAGGAGCCUUUCCAACACGUCAUAGCCUCCUGUGGCUUUACAGGCGCGAGUCAACACACCGGAAAUGCUGCCCGUCCUUGGGAGUAUAACGAACAUGUGCGGUCCAUGAUCGCUCUCGAUUCGGAGACAGUUGGCUAUGACCUUACUGGGCAUCAUAUAACUGAUGACUACUAUUUUGACAAGGGCUGUUUCUGCAGCGCCUUCACAGUAGAUCUCGAAGAGGAGCCUUGUUCAAAUUCAGAACGAUUGGACUGGACGAAACAGCGCCUGUGGCUCAAUGCAACCUGUGGAUCAAAGUCCUUACCCGAUAACUGGACGGAUGCACUUAUGACCACACAAUUCGCGUUUAUUGCGCUCGAGGACUGGAGCUGGCCCAAGUGUGUCGUGGAUAUGCCAAAGAAAGUUACUGAUCUCAAAGAUCAGUGUGCAGCUGAUGCGUGUGAGCUCGAUUCUAGCGGAUACUGCCAAGUCACGCGUGCAGUUGACAGAGAAUGCUUUUGUCACAAUAUCAGUUAUGAUUCCUGUGAGGGUUCGUGCCAGAUAUUCGAAACCCGAAUAGAGUAUAUCGAGUGGCUUCAAAAUCUUUGUGGUAAUAUCCAGGACUGGAACGGUCUGCCGGAUAACUGGCGUCAGCUAUCUGCACCCACCCUGGUCGAGAUGGUUCCAUGGCAAUGGGCUCUCAAGCCUUCCAUGGCACCGGAUAGUCAGCCUGGAGACAUCAAAGCAACAGAAGCAUGUCCCCCAACUCAGUGGAAAUUUGAAAGUUUUGCUAUUGUGAACAUAGCUACUUUCUGCGCAUUGCUCCUCAGUCAUAAAAAAAACAUGCGUCGAAGCAAACACAUUCACUCAGAACACUCACCACAGCCGUUGGGCUGGGCUUUCAAGGGCAUUAUUCUCGCCACUGUCCAGAUCUUUGCCCACUUUUCCAGUUCCAUACUGGUCCAGAACGUUCGCGGAUAUGAAGAAGUUUCCAUAUUCCAACUGAUGCUUCUCUGGUGUUCAAUGCCUCGUCUUUCUUGGCUAGCGAUGUUGUUACUUGGUCUACAACAAUUCGGGCCAAAUAACCUUUCCGCAGCUGCGUCUCUGUUAUUUGCGGAAAUACUCCUUCAAUCCUUAUCCGCAUAUUACUUACUCAUAACAGUCUAUUAUGGCUAUGAACACAACUUCUAUCUCGGCACUGUAGAUAUAUGGGCACCUGCAAAGGUCAUGUACGCCGGAGCACUAAUGUGGCUAUUCAUCGUUAUGAUGGCAUUCGCUGUAACAAUUGGGGCGAUGCGCAAGAUGGAAAAGUCCCAUAGAUCCGUGUUCACGUCACUAGAUAUCUCCGAAGGAAUGCCGCCCAUAAUCGAAUAUUACAACUUCUUAACGGGAAGGAUAUCCUAUCCAGCGACUAGAAGGCCAAGGGCCCCGGAAGAAGCACCAUUGAUGUGGGGCCAAAACGAUCGCACAACUUAUGAUCCUCUCCUCGUCAAGGCUCGCCACACUUCGCUACCCCAAAGGCCAGGUCUUGCGGAAUUGUAUGCGGCUACUACCAGUUUCUUACUUCUUCUUUGGAUUGCACAAUUGCUCUUCUGGGGUGGAUUUAUCGGUCUGAGUUCUGAUGAGUUCUGCCCCCCAAUACUUGGGGUCCUCACAGCUGUGUGGAUGACUUCCUCGCUGGUGGGCACUAUUAUUGUUUUUUAUUAGGUUUCCUUAUUUGGAUGAAAUCUAUGUGCCUUUCUCUCUUUCGCUACAAGU